UCACAGUCCUGGCUGCGGGAGUCGAGCCGUCGCCGCCGCCGCCGCCGCCAGCGGACGGGGCGGGGAUCCCGGUGCCAGGUCCUCGUCAGCCCGCCCCUGCCUGCUCGCUCGGUCGUCCGGGGCUGGGCCCCCCGUCAUGGAGCGGGGCGGGACCUCGGCCGGUGUCGUGUGAGGUGCGUCGCCGCCGCCAGGCCGCCUGCGCUUUUUGAGCCUCUCGAACCCCCGCCGCCGCCCGGAGCCCCCCGCCCUUGGCAGCCUGUCGCCGCCCCCCGGCGGCUCGAAUGCGCGUCGGGUGAAGGUGCAGGCCCGGCGCCGCCGCUGCCGCAGCCGGGAGAUGGUUUGGGCCUAGCGGAGCCGGGACUGGAGGGAAUCUAGAGCAACAGCAAAGCUGAGGUCAAACUGCCAUAAGGAUGGACACCAAGGAAGCUGUGUUUGGGACAAAAAGAAAUCAAGAUAAGCAACAUGAACCGUGAAGACCGGAAUGUGCUGCGUAUGAAAGAACGGGAAAGGCGGAAUCAGGAAAUUCAGCAGGGCGAAGACGCCUUCCCACCUAGCUCUCCUCUCUUUGCUGAGCCAUACAAAGUUACUAGCAAAGAAGAUAAGCUAUCAAGUCGUAUUCAGAGUAUGCUUGGAAACUACGAUGAAAUGAAGGAUUUCAUAGGAGACAGAUCUAUACCAAAGCUUGUUGCAAUUCCUAAGCCUACAGUACCACCGACAGCAGAUGAAAAAUCUAAUCCAAAUUUCUUUGAACAGAGACGUGGUAGCUCUCAUCAGAGUAGCAAAUGGACUCCAGUAGGACCUGCACCCGGUACUUCUCAGUCUCAGAAACGGUCCUCAGGCUUACAGAGUGGACACAGUAGCCAGCGGACCAGUGCAGGCAGCAGUAGUGGCACUAAUAGUAGUGGCCAGAGGCAUGACCGUGACUCAUAUAGUAGUAGUGGGAGCAGUAGCCGGAAAAAAGGCCAGCAUGGAUCAGAACACUCCAAAUCACGCUCUUCCAGCCCUGGAAAACCCCAGGCUGUUUCUUCGUUAAGCUCCAGUCAUUCCAGGUCUCAUGGGAAUGAUCACCAUAGCAAGGAACAUCAGCGUUCCAAAUCACCUCGGGACCCUGAUGCAAAUUGGGAUUCUCCUUCCCGUGUACCUUUUUCAAGUGGACAGCACUCAAAUCAGUCUUUCCCACCUUCAUUGAUGUCAAAGUCCAGUUCAAUGUUACAGAAACCCACUGCCUAUGUGCGGCCCAUGGAUGGACAGGAGUCCAUGGAACCAAAACUGUCCUCUGAGCACUACAGCAGCCAAUCCCAUGGUAACAGCAUGACUGAACUGAAGCCCAGCAGCAAAGCACAUCUCACCAAGUUGAAAAUACCUUCCCAACCAUUGGAUGCAUCUGCUUCUGGUGAUGUGAGCUGUGUGGAUGAAAUUCUUAAAGAGAUGACGCAUUCAUGGCCUCCCCCUCUAACGGCUAUUCAUACACCAUGCAAAACAGAACCUUCCAAAUUUCCUUUUCCAACUAAGGAGUCUCAGCAGUCCAAUUUUGGCCCUGGAGAACAAAAAAGAUAUAAUCCUUCUAAAACUUCAAAUGGACACCAGUCUAAAUCUAUGUUAAAAGAUGACUUAAAACUAAGCAGCAGUGAAGACAGUGAUGGGGAACAGGAUUGUGAUAAGACAAUGCCAAGGAGUACACCAGGAAGUAACUCUGAACCUUCACACCAUAAUAGUGAAGGAGCAGAUAACUCCAGGGAUGAUUCUAGCAGCCACAGUGGAUCUGAAAGCAGCUCUGGCUCUGACUCAGAGAGUGAAAGUAGUUCCAGUGACAGUGAGGCAAAUGAGCCAUCGCAGAGUGCAUCUCCUGAGCCUGAACCACCACCAACAAACAAAUGGCAACUUGAUAAUUGGUUGAAUAAAGUGAACCCACAUAAAGUGUCACCAGCUUCUUCUGUGGAUAGUAACAUCCCAUCAUCUCAAGGCUAUAAAAAAGAAGGCCGAGAACAGGGCACUGGGAGUAACUACACUGAUCCAGGAGGACCUAAAGAAACAAGUUCUGCUACUCCUGGACGAGACUCCAAAACUGUUCAAAAGGGAUCAGAAAGUGGUCGUGGGAGGCAGAAGUCUCCUGCACAGAGUGACAGCACAACACAGAGGAGAACUGUAGGCAAAAAACAACCCAAAAAGACUGAGAAGGCAGCUGCUGAAGAGCCCCGUGGAGGCCUGAAGAUAGAAAGUGAAACCCCCGUAGACAUGGCUACCAGCAUGCCCUCCAGCAGACACAAAGCAGCCACCAAAGGCUCAAGGAAACCCAAUAUAAAAAAAGAGUCCAAAUCUUCCCCUCGACCUUCAGCAGAGAAAAAGAAAUACAAGUCAACGAGUAAAUCUUCCCAGAAAUCAAGGGAAAUCAUAGAAACAGAUACCUCAUCCUCAGAUUCGGAUGAAAGCGAGAGCCUUCCUCCUUCUUCACAAACUCCUAAGUACCCUGAGAGUAAUAGGACUCCCGUUAAACCCUCCCCAGUGGAGGAAGAAGAUAGCUUUUUUCGGCAACGAAUGUUCUCUCCUAUGGAAGAGAAGGAACUUCUUUCACCCCUCAGUGAGCCUGAUGACAGGUAUCCACUUAUUGUGAAGAUUGACCUGAAUCUCUUGACUAGAAUACCAGGAAAGCCUUACAAAGAAACAGAGCCACCCAAGGGGGAAAAGAAAAAUGUGCCAGAAAAGCACACAAAAGAGGCUCAGAAACAAGCCUCAGAAAAAGUUUCCAACAAAGGCAAGAGGAAACAUAAGAAUGAAGAUGAUAACCGAGCCAAUGAGAGCAAGAAACCCAAAACGGAGGACAAGAAUUCAGCAGGCCACAAGCCAUUGAGCAACAGAGAGUAUGUCCCCAAAUCAUGUUACAUGUCAUCUAAGCAGAGUGCUGCAAAAGAAAAGGAUUUGUUGCCUUCUCCUGCUGGGCCUGUUCCUUCAAAAGAUCCCAAAACAGAGCAUGGCUCUCGGAAGAGGACUAUUAGUCAGUCUUCUUCCUUAAAGUCAAGUAAUAACAGCAACAAGGAGAAUAGUGGCAGCAGCAAAAACAGUUCCUCCACAUCAAAGCAGAAGAAGACUGAAGGGAAGACUUCCAGUAGUUCUAAGGAGGUCAAGGACAAGACUCCAAAUAGCUCUUCUAACUGUCCUCCAUCUACACCAACUCCUGAUGCUUCUAAGCCUCGGAGAACAAAGCUUGCCUUUGAUGACAGAAAUUAUUCAGCAGAUCAUUAUUUACAAGAAGCAAAAAAGCUAAAGCACAAUGCAGAUGCAUUGUCUGAUAGGUUUGAGAAAGCUGUAUACUAUCUUGAUGCUGUGGUAUCUUUCAUUGAAUGUGGGAAUGCAUUAGAGAAAAGUGCUCAGGAAUCCAAAUCCCCAUUCCCUAUGUAUUCAGAGACGGUGGAGCUCAUCAAAUACACUAUGAAGCUAAAGAAUUACUUAGCACCAGAUGCUACAGCUGCAGAUAAAAGACUCACAGUACUUUGCCUGCGAUGCCAGUCUUUGUUGUACCUGAGGCUAUUCAAACUGAAGAAGGAAAAUGCUCUGAAGUACUCAAAGACACUGACGGAGCACCUGAAAAAUUCUUACAAUAAUUCUCAAGCACCAUCACCUGGCUUGGGAAGCAAAGCUGUUGGGAUGCCUUCCCCUGUUUCUCCAAAGUUGUCACCAGGCAAUUCAGGAAAUUAUUCUUCUGGGGCCAGUAGUGCUUCAGCGAGUGGUUCUUCAGUGACCAUUCCACAGAAGAUCCACCAGAUGGCAGCCAUCUAUGUUCAGGUUACAUCCAACUUCCUCUAUGCCACCGAAAUUUGGGACCAAGCUGAACAGCUUUCCAAAGAGCAAAAAGAAUUCUUUGCUGAACUGGAUAAAGUAAUGGGCCCUCUCGUCUUUAACGCAAGCAUCAUGACAGACCUAGUUCGUUAUACCCGGCAGGGACUGCACUGGCUUCGCCAAGAUACCAAGUUGAUAUCUUGAACUGAACACAUUCUUGUUGCCUCUGAUUUUCUCCACAACACUGUGUCACAUCACGAAGGAAGACUGCCAUAACGCACCACCUUGUUGACACUAAGAAUGAGGAAUGGUUUUCUCCUCCCUAGUUCAUGUGUUGUUGUUUUUUAUAACCCACAGCCAUCAUGUCACUUGACUCCUUCAAUAUUCCCAACAUGAAAAAUUAUUUAAAUGCUUUUAAAUCUGCAGCACACUGAUAAGAUGGUUUCAGUGAUCUGUAAUAAGAUUGAAAUUCCAGAUGCAAUUCAUAACUAAUCAAUUGAAAUUCUAUUUAUUUCAAGUUUUUUAAGUUCCCAGAUUGGGGCUAGUUUAAACUUCAGUUAUUUCUGCCUAUAAAUUUACUCUGUUGAAUAUUUAGCAUAAAUUUAAUGUAGGCAUUUUUAUUUAUAUGCUUUGGGAGCUUUGUUACCUAAUAAUGUCUUUUUGUGGUAGCUCUUCUGAGAGUAAGAGUUGGUUCAUCUAAAAUAUGCACAUGUUCUUUCUACAUCUACUACCUGAUAUUAUUUCAAAUCUUAACUACAAUUUUAUUAUUUCAGAAUUUAUACUAAGUAUUAAGGAUAUUCUUCUACACAUGAAAAAUCACUUAAAUGUGAGAAGAUGGCAUUCUAUGUGGAUGUUAAAUGAAAUGUGUCUGAUUUGGUAUGCAUUAUUUCAAGAACUGUGAAUGUGUGUUAAUAACACUAUAGCAAUCACAAGGUGACUAUAACUUGCAUUUAAUGCAUUACAAAAGGGAGCAGGCAAACUUUCUAGGAGAAGCAUAUCAUGUGAAGGGUUUCAUAAAAGGACAAUCUUAAACUUUAUGGAUUUUAUUAAAACCAUAUGUUUUUUUGUUGCUAAUAUUAAUUUGACACUUAAUUGAAAACAGAGUAAGUUACAGUUGAACAAAGGAUGCUCCAACUCCUGAGGGUUGCUGCCUCUAUCUCUCAUUGAUGAUGUUUGAAGGGUAAAAUCUCUCUUCAGAAUUCUUAUUUUAAAAAUGUUUUUUCCACACUAGGUUGUGAUGUUCUGACAGGAGCAUGCAGGGAUUGAUGUAGGAAUGGGCUGGAGCUUUGGUGUGUGUGCUUUUGCUAUACAACUUACAGUUCUAAUGCCUGAUGUAGAGAUGAUGGAUUUCUCCUUUUAAACCUAUCUUGUAUUUACUCCUCUUGUAUUAUGAAGGCCCUCAUCAAUGAUGUAUGUUUCUGAUGGGAUCAGAAAAUUCACACUAGGAAAGUACCUAACUUGGUUCAGUGUGAGCUCUCUUUGGAAGGUAGAGUAGAGCUUAAGAAGCCAGCUCUUUAAGAGUUGUAUAUCAAAGUACCUUUCCCUGUAAGGUGCAUAUAGGAGUCAAAGGUGAGAAAUUUACCCUCUAUCUUUUGUUUUUAGUGCCCCUAUCAUGUCUGGUGUGCCUUAAAUCUUACCUUUAAAUGAAGACUCUAUUGAUUGUUUACAGAUAAAGUUUUACACUAGGACCAGAUCGUCCAUACGGUUGGUCUUCUGCAGUAAUAAUGUUAAAUUCUCUUUUCUUUUAAAUCUUCUUUUAGGGUCACUUAAGAUUAAUUCUUUCAGAAAAGCUAAUGCUUUGGUACAUGACUUAGUCUAACUUAUUGGGUAAUGCUGCUUCAAAAAAUAGUUUGUCCUUCUCCCCAUUCCCAAAAUGAAUGCAUUCAGUCAGAAAAAAGAAUUGCCCUGCUAUUUAUAGAUGAUUUCUAAGGCUUGAAAUGGGAAAAAAGGGAUGGAAAA